AUGUCCUCCGACGCCGACUACGCCUCCUUCCUGGACAAAGCGAACCAAGACACGGGCGCCAACAAGCCGUCCACGCAAUCGAAGAAGAAGGUCGGGACCAAGUCGGUGGACACAGCGGUGCCCAAGGCGCUGGAGGAGGUGGAAGAAUACUAUGUAUCUGACGCGGAUGAGCCGUUUGAGCCUGUUAGCUUGAAGUAUAAGGGCAAGGGGGUGCCGUCGGCUGAUGAGCUCGGGAAGUUGCUGUCGCAUGACGAGGUCUCUAGUGUGAGCGAGAAGGAGUUUGAUCCUGAGGGCCAAUACAAGAGUGUCUUGGAUGCGGUCAAGAAGGCGGGGAGUGGAGAGGUGGGCGUGUUCAGGGUAGAGCAUGGGAGCACGAGGGCGGAGUACUAUGUCGUUAGUGUGGACACGAAGGAGGGCAGGCUGGUGGGGUUGAAGGCUCUAGCUGUGGAGUCGUGA